AUGAGCGCCUUUCGGUUGGUAUAUGGCAAAGAUUGCCACUUACCGGUGGAGGUAGAGCAUAAAGCAUAUUGGGCCAUCAAAGAGUGCAAUCCAAGUUUGGGAAGGGCCGGAAUUGAGAGAAAGCUACAAUUAGUGGAAUUGGAGUGUUUGAGAUUAGAAGCCUAUGAGAACUCUAGACUUUACAAAGAAAAGAUGAAAGUCGUACAUGACAAGAACAUAAGAAGAGGAAAAUUUAGAGCCCGCGAACUAGUCCUUCUCUACAAUUCAAGAUUAAGAUUGUUGCCGGGAAAACUAAGGUCAAGAUUGGAAGGACCUUAUCGGGUAGAGAAGGCGGAACCGUAUGGGGUCUAUCAUUUGCGCCAUCCUUCAAGCACUGACAUCUUCAAGGUUAAUGGGCAUCGUCUAAAGUUGUAUCAUGGUGAAAAAAUGAAACGCAACAAGGAAAUUGAGAUAUUCCUUUUGGAAGAUGCACCUCAUGGCAAAGAGAAUUGA